GGAAAUGUGGAAGCUCAAGUUGUCAAACGGAGAUGACUUGGAAGUGAGAAGCAUGUAUGACAGCCUUGGGAGACAAUACUGGGAGUAUGAAUCAAACGCAGGGACACCAGAUGAGUUGGCCAUGAUCGAAAGGAUGCGCCAAGCAUUCACUCAAAACCGGCAUCGCGUGAAGCAAAGUUCUGAUCUCCUUAUGAGGCUUCAGGUAAGACUAUCAGUCAAUGACUCUACCAUAGGGAAGGCGAGGGUGGACGAAGAAGAAGACAUAAGCGAGAAAGCAGUGGUGAAUACAUUGAAGAGGGCCAUCAGGUUUUAUUCAUCUCUCCAAGCUGAGGAUGGCCAUUGGGCCGGUGAUUAUGGCGGUCCAUUGUUUCUCCUCCCAGGCUUGGUUAUUGGCCUCUAUGUUACGGGAGAUCUGCACUCAGUUCUGUCGUCAGAACACCGUAAAGAAAUGACACGAUAUCUAUAUAACCAUCAGAACGAGGAUGGAGGGUGGGGAAUACACAUCGAAGGGGAAAGCACCAUGUUCGGGACAGGGCUCUCUUAUGUCACUCUCAGAUUGCUCGGAGAGGACGCCAACGGCGGCGAUGGCGCCGCCAUGGACAGAGCGAGAGCUUGGAUACUCGAUCGUGGUGGAGUCACUUCCAUUCCCUCCUGGGGAAAGCUGUGGCUUUCGGUGCUGGGAGUCUACGAUUGGAGUGGCAACAAUCCCCUGCCUCCUGAAAUGUGGCUGCUUCCUUACAUUCUUCCUAUUCAUCCAGGACGCAUGUGGUGUCAUUGUCGGAUGGUGUAUUUGCCUAUGUCUUACUUGUAUGGGAAGAGAUUCGUGGCUCCAUUAAGUCCGCUUGUUUUAUCCCUUCGAAAGGAGCUCCAUGUGCAACCUUACCAUCAGAUAUACUGGGACAACACUAGAAAUUUAUGUGCUAAGGAAGAUUUGUACUAUCCUCAUCCUUGGAUUCAAGACAUGUUUUGGAGUAGUUUGAACAAGGUUGUGGAACCGCUUCUAGCACGGUGGCCUUUCUCUAAGCUAAGACAGGCUGCUCUAAGUACUGUUAUGGAGCACAUCCACUAUGAAGAUGAAACUAGUCACUACAUCUGCAUUGGUCCUGUUAACAAGGUGUUAAACAUGGUGUGCUGUUAUAUAGAGAACCCAAAUUCGAAAGCAUACAAGCAUCAUCUCUCCAGAAUCAAAGAUUAUUUAUGGCUGGCUGAAGAUGGAAUGAAAAUGCAGGGAUACAAUGGCUCUCAACUGUGGGAUGUUGCAUUUUCCACUCAAGCUCUCCUUGCUACCAAUCUUGUUGCUGAAUGUGGCUCGACCCUUAAGAAGGCACAUCAAUUUAUCAAGAACUCUCAAAUCAGAGCCGACAGCAGCGGAGAUCUUGCCUACUGGUACCGUCACAUAGGCAAGGGAGGUUGGCCCUUCUCUACUCCUGAACAUGGCUGGAUCAUAUCCGACUGCACUGCAGAAGCACUUAAAGCUGCAUUAUUAUUGUCAGAAAUGCAUCCCAGCAUUGUGGGAAAUGCGAUAGCAGUUGAUCAACUAUAUGAUGCUGUUAACGUGCUCUUAUCCCUACAGAACCAAAAUGGAGGAUUUGCAACAUAUGAGCAGACAAGAUCAUAUCCAUGGUUAGAGACGAUCAAUCCAUCAGAAACAUUUGGAGAUAUCGUCAUUGAUUAUCCGUAUGUGGAGUGCACUUCUGCAGCAAUCCAAGGUCUUAAGGCCUUCAUUAAGUUAUAUCCACGCCACCGAAUGAAAGAAAUCGAGGCCUGCAUUCUAAAGGCUAUUGAAUACAUUGAAAGCAUACAGCUACCAGAUGGUUCUUGGUAUGGAUCUUGGGGAGUCUGUUACACCUAUGGAACGUGGUUCGGCAUAAAUGGAUUGGUUGCUGGAGGUAGAACAUACCAGAGUAGCGAAAGCAUAAGAAGAGCAUGCGCUUUCCUACUUUCCAAACAACUUGAUUCGGGUGGUUGGGGAGAGAGUUACCUCUCAUCGCAGGACAAGAGUUAUACAAACUUGGAAGGAAACAGAAUGCACAUGGUGAAUACUAGUUGGGCUAUGUUGGCUCUUAUUGAAUGUGGACAGGGUGCGAGAGAUCCAAACCCUUUGCAUCGUGCAGCAAAAGAGUUGAUUAAUUCGCAGAUGGAGAAUGGCGAUUUCCCACAGCAGGAGAUCAUAGGAGUUUUUAACAGGAACUGCAUGAUAACAUAUGCUGCUUACAGGAACAUUUUUCCUAUAUGGGCUCUGGGGAAGUACUACAAUUGUGUACUGAGACCUUCCAAAAAUGUCCACUGAUUUUGAGACAACAAGGCAAUUGUUCAGAUGACUGAACGCAAUAUAUCUUUGUUGUGCUUGGAGAAUUAAAGAAAAUUACGUCAAUAAAACCAAGCAUGUCCUAUUCAUGUUAACAUCUGGCCAGGGCCCUUGUUAAUGGUAUUGCAAUAUACAGAAAAACACCAGUAAAACAUUCUCUGUCA